UUUCAUUGCCAGUCCAGUUGGUCAGUAUGUUACGGGGCAUCGCAUCGGGAAUGCAAUACUUAGCGGAAAUGAACUACGUCCACCGGGACUUGGCGGCCAGGAAUGUAUUGGUGAACUCAACUCUGGUGUGUAAAAUAGCCGACUUUGGUCUGUCCCGCGAGAUCGAGAGUGCCACCGAAGGCGCCUACACUACUAGAGGCGGCAAAAUACCAGUGCGAUGGACAGCACCCGAAGCCAUAGCGUUCAGAAAGUUCACGUCCGCGUCGGACGUCUGGAGCUUCGGUAUUGUCUGCUGGGAAGGCGGCAAAAUACCAGUGCGAUGGACAGCACCCGAAGCCAUAGCGUUCAGAAAGUUCACGUCCGCGUCGGACGUCUGGAGCUUCGGUAUUGUCUGCUGGGAAGUGAUGUCUUAUGGGGAGCGGCCGUAUUGGAACUGGUCUAACCAGGAUGUCAUCAAAGGCAUCGAGAAAGGCUACCGACUCCCACCCCCAAUGCGGCCGUAUUGGAACUGGUCUAACCAGGAUGUCAUCAAAGGCAUCGAGAAAGGCUACCGACUCCCACCCCCAAUGGACUGUCCGGAGAUGUUAUACGAUAAGCUAAUAAUGGACUGUUGGCAGAAAGAUAGGAAUAUGAGGCCUACGUUCUCGCAAAUUGUUAAAACAUUAGAUAAACUAAUUAAAUGUCCA